GAACGCGUUCGUUUUAAGUGUCAACAGCAACAGCCGAAGCGUCGACGCGUCAGCGUGUCGGUACGGUAGAGUCGGCAGUGUCUCGCCCAGUCUCGCCGCGUAAACAAAGCCAAGCGGCCGACCGAAUGAACUGAUGGUGUGCUUGCUGUGUGCCUUUGCCUCUCUGGAAGUGGUGGAAAUAUUCUUCUUUCUCUUCAUCCUUGCGUGUCGAGUUUGCUGGGCUGCCCUCCCGCGCCUCCCGCGCCGCCGUGCAGACAGUGGUGCAGAGACAGACGCAGACGCCUGAAGUCUUUGACGACAGUGUGGGCCUUCCCUCUGUGUCAUUUACAAGCCAUGCUCCCCGACGCGGAGCCCGAGACGGCGGCCGAGGCCGGCGCCGACGUGAAGCGGCCCAAGCUGUGCGGCGAGGCGUUCUGGCGGUCGCUGGGGUCGCCGAGGCUCGUCGUGGCCCCCAUGGUGGACGCCAGCGAGCUGGCCUGGAGGCUGCUGUCGCGGCGCCACGCCGCCGACCUCUGCUACACCCCCAUGCUGCACUCGUCCGUGUUCACCAGGGACGCCCGCUACCGCGCCGAGGCACUGGCGUCCACGCCCGAGGACCGGCCCCUCAUCGUGCAGUUUUGUGCCAAUAACACUGCCGUGUUGCUGGAGGCAGCGCUGCUCGCGGAGCCGUUCUGCGACGCCGUGGACAUCAACCUGGGCUGCCCGCAGGCCAUCGCGAGGCGCGGCCACUACGGGUCCUUCCUCCAGGACGACUGGGACCUCCUCAAGGACAUGGUGAGCACCCUGAACGAGCGCUUGUCGGUGCCUGUGACGUGCAAAAUCCGCGUCUUCCCCGACGUGGCCCGCACCGUGGAGUACGCGCGCAUGCUGGAGGCGGCGGGCUGCCAAAUGCUCACCGUGCACGGCCGCACCAGGGACCAGAAGGGGCCGCUGACGGGCCUCGCCAGCUGGCCGCACAUCAGAGCCGUCGUGGAAAGCGUUAACAUUCCAGUCUUCGCUAACGGCAACAUUCAGUUCAUUCAAGACGUAGACCGUUGCAUUGCUGAGACUGGAGUCAAAGGCGUGAUGUCUGCUGAAGGCAACCUCUAUAACCCAGCCUUAUUUGAAGGUACCAGCCCCCCUUGCUGGGAACUAUGUUUGGAGUACUUGGACUUGGCAGAAAAAUAUCCCUGUCCAACUUCGUUUGUCAGAACCCACCUUUUCAAAAUGAUGCAUCACCUCCUUUCAUUGCCAGAAAAUGCAGCUGAGAGGCAAGGUAUUGCUAAAGGACAAAGCUUAGCUGAUUUUCGACAAACAGUUUUGACUCUGCGAGAUAGAUUUUUGCCAUACCAUGACGGUAUACAAGUGUUUGUUGAUAAUGUUGAUGAUACCUGUAAUUUGAGACUUCCACCUUGGCUCUGCCAACCUUAUGUGCGAAUCCCUCCAGAGGAACAUUUACGUAAAUUAGCAGACAGACAAAACAAGAAUGAUGAGCCAUCAGUAGGAGAGAAGAGAUGUCUAGAGGAAACUGAAGAAGAUCCAUCAACACCUCAGUUAUCAAAGAAAAAAUUGAAGAAACUUCAGCACUCUCAAAAGGUCAAGGCAAAUCCACAUAUCAGAAAAUGCCAAGAGAAAUGCUCUGAGUGUGCCAAUCCUCUUGGCCAAAAGUGUGGAUUCAAGCUGUGCAGAGCUUGUUGCCGAAAAGCAUGCUUCUCUGAGAAGAGGGAUUGCACCGGUCACCGGAUAUUGACAAAGACUCGUUAUGAAAAGCUUCUGCAGUAUCAAGCUCAGGAAGCUGCAGCCGGGGAGGAACAAGCAAAAUCAGACUUCUCUGAAAAAAAUAACAAUGCAAGCUCAGAAAGUGGAGAUGCCUGUAAUCUAAGUAACAAUGGGCAGCCUGGUGCUGUCUCGGACAACGUCUCAGUUUUGCAGAGCUGCAGAGAAAAUAAACAAAGUGUUUCUGUUAAUUCAUCCAAUGACAGCAAUGGUGUUUAGUCAUGCUAGCCCUUGUUAUACUUGACUUUAAUAAAUGACAACUGACUUCGGUAAUUUUUUUUUAGGAUCAAUUGGCAUGUGGGUUUGAGGUUCUGUGCGGUAGAUCGCGGGGUAUAAAUGCAGUGACAAUGCCAUAUUACAGUAAAGCAAAAGCCAAUAUAAAAACAAUUUAUCUAUGUUAAUUGUGUCCAUCAAAUUUCUUAGAGUGAUUGUGGUAUGAAAUUGUCUUUGCAUUAUUUUUAAUACGCUAUAUACAUAUAUAUAAUAUAUCUUUCUUGAAACUGAUAGAACAUGGCUGUGAUGUUUAAUUUUAGGGUACUGUGUUUUUAGUAAAUAAGAUAAUUUUUCUGACAUUGUACCUAAAGUUUUGUUGACAUUUUUGUCUGAGUUAUCUCUCUUUUGUUGUGUACGUAUGGCUGUGUCAUUAUGUGUGGCUAUUCAUACUUCAUCAACAUUUAUUGGAAUAAUGAAUGUGUAUCAGUCUUUCUUGUGCUUUAGACUGAAGGACUUUUAAUGAGUUUUCAUAGAAGACAAUUGUGAGACAUACACCUAAUGGGUGAUUCAAAUAGGGCAAUUCUGUAAAUUUUGAUUUGAAUAUUCAAAUUUUGUGUGGUAGAAUGAAUGUUGAAAGAAUGCUAGAUUUCUGCAUCCAUAUUAGAAAGUAGGCAAUUUCUUUAAAGCCACUACCAUACUAAAAAUGCAUACUGGACAAUAAUUACUGGUGACUGUCCCUUCAGGAGAAUUAGAAACAUUCAUGACUAUAGUGAUGUAGAAAAUACCAUAUCUGGCUUAGUAGCUUAUAGUUCAAAAUUCAUUUUGUCAUAUCGAGGUACUUACCAUGUUAACAUGGUAAUAUGGUGCUCAGUAGUUGAUUAAUAUAAAAUGUCUUUAAUUUUUAAAUGUUGCAACAGCCAGAGACAGCUUACCAACCAAGUGGUUGUGGUAUAUGUCUCACAUAGUAGCUACUUUACUUUAAAUAGGCAGAAUUUGACUACUGUACUUAGUUGGAUUUUAUACCAAAUGUACAGGUGAUACAAAUUGUAAACUAUAUUGUUCACUGGUCUAAAUUUUUGUUUUUGUUUUGAAUUUGUACCAAGCAGUAAAUCUACUCAGAAACUGAUUUUGGGGCCUAUGUACUUUAGCUAAAAGAAUAAUAUUCUUUGCAUUUACUGACUAUGUGGUUUCUAUGUGGACCAACCAUACUUCUUUCCCUGUUUCUGAACCAUACUGGUAGUAAUUUUUCACUUUCAUAUGCCUGCCCCAAGAUAAUUCUUGAAGAUUCUAUAUUUGCCUAUUUAUUUUAACAUAUCAAAGGAUAUUGUGAAUUACACUAGUUAUUGACUUUAUUGUGCAAAUAUGAGGAGACUGCCAAUGGGAUUACCGGGGAUGAUAUGCAAGUGUGUGUAUCCUUCCUUUGUCGAUCAAGUGUACUGAAAUACGAAUUUUAAUAAAGUAAAAUUGUUGAUGUGA